CAAGAGAUGCAGGUUGUGGGCAUGAACUGCUUUGCUGUCGUCUCAUCGAUGCUGUCCAAUCAGACAACGCUAAAGCGAGACACCGCCAAGAUCAGAUUGUGAGACGCGCUGCUAUAGCAAGGCUAGCAGAGAGUGGAUAGAAAAGGCUAACAAACAAGUUGCUAACUUGUGAAGUGCACCGGGAUUUAGACCUCCUCUUCCUCCAUUCUUAAAUGCCAACAACAGCCGUCGAAGAACCUGGAGAGUGCACUCGGGUCUGAGAAGUGACAAAUAGAAGAACACUUUCUUUUUAGCCUGAAGCUCAACUCCUCCGGUCCUUUGGGAUCAUGGCUAAAGAUGCUGGUCUAAUAGAUACAAACGGAGAGCUGAAGGUUUUCAUCGAUCAGAAUCUGAGCCCUAGCAAAGGUGUCCUGUCUUUGGUUACUGUCCAGCCUACAGCUGCCCCCGUGGCCAAACAGCUACUACCCAAAACUCUUGGGCCAUCCAAUGUGAACAUUGCUGCACACAUGCAACAUGUGCCACACAUGGUGAUAGGAACACCCCAGAGACCUACAGUAUCCAAUACCAUUUUGGUAAACAGUCCACAUACACCCAGUUCCCAGUUCCUCACUCAGAGUCAACCAUCAGAUGCUUCUCCGUGGUCAUCAGGAAAACGUGGUAAGAAAGGGGAAAAGAAUGGGAAGGGCUUGAGGCAUUUCUCCAUGAAAGUGUGUGAGAAGGUGCAGAAGAAAGGAGUAACCACCUACAAUGAAGUGGCAGAUGAACUGGUUGCAGAAUUCAGCUCUGCAGACAGCCACAUGUCACCCAAUGACGCACAUGUGUAUGACCAGAAGAACAUUCGGCGGCGUGUUUAUGAUGCACUUAAUGUGCUUAUGGCCAUGAACAUUAUCUCUAAAGAGAAGAAAGAAAUAAAAUGGAUUGGCCUUCCCACCAACUCAGCGCAAGAGUGCCAAAACCUAGAGGUGGAGAGACAAAGGCGGCUGGAGAGGAUUAAGCAGAAACAAUCACAGCUUCAGGAGCUCAUACUGCAGCAAAUAGCUUUUAAGAACCUGGUUCAACGCAACAGACAGACAGAGCAGCAGGCAAACAGACCUCCACCUCCCAACUCCAUCAUCCACCUGCCCUUUAUUAUUGUCAACACCAGCAAGAAAACUGUCAUCGACUGCAGCAUCUCCAACGACAAGUUUGAGUAUUUGUUCAAUUUCGACAGCAUGUUUGAGAUCCAUGAUGACAUUGAGGUGCUGAAACGUAUGGGCAUGGCCUGUGGUUUGGAGGUGGGAAAGUGUUCUCCAGAGGAUCUCAAGGUUGCACGGAGCUUGGUGCCCAAAGCUCUGGAGCCAUACGUUAUAGAGAUGGCAAAGGGUCCCAUCAGUAACGUCUACAUCACUGGAGGUUCCUCAGCAAAUGGAGCCCGUUACCCUGCAAGCAGUGAUGGCUGCACUGACGGCACUAUGGCCUCCAGCUCGAAUGACUCUCACUACAGCGGGUCUCGUGUGGAGACUCCAGUGUCUUAUAUGGGGGAUGAUGAUGACGAGGAUGAGUAUGAUGAGAACGAUGACGAAGACUAACCUGUCUACACCUUGCCACUCCAACAAGCACAGUCCUUCAAACCACCUUCACCGUGGGAAUUUAGUCCCCUUUUGUGUGUGCUUCUUCAACCUCUUCCCCUGUUUCCCAUGCCUGUAUUUGUGUCUGGCUUUCUCAGGGGUGUAGAUGAAUAUUGAAAGAACAGAGGUGUACGUUGCACCCAUCUUUUUCUGCUCCUGAAUCACGUGCACCUGCACCACAGCUCUGGAGGAAGUGUCGUCAAGGGAACUGAAGUCUGUGGACUGGCCACCAUGCUGAAGUCUUUGUAUGUUUAAUCCACUUCUCAAUAAGCCAUCCCACUAAAAAAAGAAAAAAAC